CAGAAAAAAAAAAAGAAGAUCAAAGAAAAAGUAGACACUUGCUCAAACAUUGUCUUAAUGGCGGAUACACAUCGCGUCGACCGUACCGAUAGGCACUUGCAAUUUCAGUCGCCGUAUGAAGGUGGCCGAGUGAAUAUUCAGUUUGAAGGCGGUGGUGGUGCUGGAGGUUACGGCCAAUCUGGCUAUGGUGGUGGUUAUGGCCAGUCUGGUUACGGUGGUGGUGGCUACAAGAGCAUGAUGCCGGAAAGUGGCCCAUCUAGCACCCAAGUAAUAUCUUUUCUGGUUGGAGUCCCUAUAGUCGGUUCGCUACUUGCCAUAGCCGGUUUACUUCUAGCCGGUUCGGUGAUAGGUUUAAUGAUCUCAAUACCGCUUUUCCUGCUCUUCAGCCCGGUAAUAGUCCCAGCGGCUAUAACCAUCGGGCUUGCAACGACGGGCUUCUUGACCUCCGGAAUGUUUGGUCUAACCGGGCUUAGCUCAAUCUCGUGGGUCAUGAACUACCUUCGUAGGACCAGGGGGAGUGUGCCUGAUCAAUUGGACUAUGCUAAGAGGAGAAUGGCUGAUGCUGUUGGCUACGCUGGACAGAAAGGUAAAGAAAUGGGCCAGUUCGUACAGGAUAAGGCUCAUGAAGCAAAACAAUAUGAUAUUUCUAAGCCACAUGAUACUACUACUACCACUACUACUACUGCUACCAAGGGUCACGAGACUACUCAGAGGACGGCAGCGGCAUGAUGAAGUUCUGUUUGAGGGGUUAUGUAUUUUCACUAUGAUGUUAAGUUCUUUUGUUAUCUUUUAGUUUCAAGUCAAGAACCGUGCAGUGCGGUGUCUUUUUAAAAGCAUAAACUCUCGUCAGUGCUGUACUUCAAUGGUCAAUAAGUUCUACAUCGUCUUUAUGUCAGAAACUAUGGUUGUUAA